GCAACAGCUAGAGCGCCAUAUAAACUCAAGCGCUCGUGAUGAAUUUUAAACCGUGUUUAUUUGUCCUGCCAAACAAUCGCAUCGGGGCUGACAACAACGCAAGCAAUGAAGCUCGACAAAGCAAAGAAUUAUUUUUGACACCAUCCUGCCGUACAAACUCCGGAGCCGUUCCAGCGCCAAACAAAUUAAACACUGGGCCGGAACAACCAGCACCUCUUCUCAGCGGAACAGCAGCGGAAGUAAGUCUGGCGAUAGAAAAUAAUCACUCGUCUAGUUCCGGAUCCACGAUUGCGGCUAGAAACACCAGCAAACCAACCGGAAUCAGUGGAUUAAAUAAGGAAAUAUACUCUGAAAAAAGUGGAUCCAAACACUCCCGGCAUGCUGUUGGAUCCGGACGCGUGGAAACCGCCCAAAGAAAUUCUGUGGCUGAAACGGUUCAAACUGCAAGCAAGCGAAAAAGCUUGACAAAGUACCAAGCAAAUGAAAAAACUCCACCAUACAUCCUGACAAACAUCGCUGCAGGUUUAGCGCCAAACGAGAUGAACACUGAGCCGGAAUCAGCAUCACAUCAACAGCAACAGCAGAAUAACUUUGCCACAAGGAGUCAGUUGUUCUUCUCAUGCGUGGAAGUGGCUCAGUCAGCGAUCACAAUGGAACAGUGUGGAUAUGAUGGUGACUCCCUCGUUCCAUUAGUGAUGGAUCCGGAAGCCGAGUCUAGUGCUGUUUUCUUCAUGAAGUACCGAAGCGUGUGUGCUUGCGCCCUCAAUGAUUUUGGCUACUGCGACCCAUUGCUGGAUUUUCUGAUCCAGACUGUUAAAAACUACGGCCUCCUGGAAGGGCUUACCCAAGAAAUAUGCCAACUAUGAGGAAACUCAUUUUACGAUUUUCUGGGACAAGCUCACGGACCCAAUUGAUGUGCUUCCUCCAGCGUAUCACCCAAUCAGCAGCCAGCUACAAACCUGUAGUGAUAUUCAAAGUUCAUCGCUCCAGUAGAUUGCGGCUCAAACGGAUGUUUUUGAUGUAUCCCAAGAAUUUUACUACGGUACAGAACUCAACGCCAACUCAAGUUCAGAUUCGACAUCAUUUGACAAAAAGGUCAGGCUCCAGCAUGGUACAUGGCAAGCGUAAAUGAUAAGUGCAGAUAACAAUCGUAAGGUGCUGAAAAUAUGCGGACACGAUAAGGAGCCACACCUCUCAUACUUAAAAAGCUUGCUAAUCAUAUACGCAUAACAUAAGAAAAAAGGUCGA